AUGGCUACGGAUAUCGCUUGUGGUCCCAGAUCAUUUAACCCCAGCAUGCUAUCAAUGACGCUCUAUGAACUCCUGUACCAACAAUAUCAAUACGCAGUGUGGGACAACAAGAUACUUGGGAGACGGUCAACUGGUGUCAGUACCUCCGUUGCUUGCGCCUAUCAAGUAGGCGCGCGAUACAGCAUGCCUCACCGCCAGCGUAUGCCUCGUCAGCAUGUCCCUUCCAAUCGUCGGAUGUCACAUCCUCGUCUGAUUCGUCGUCAUAUUCUCGAAUGUCUGGAACUAAUGGUAGACGGAGAAAGAAAUUGGUCCCGUCUUCGCCGCAGUCAUUAUAUUGGUCUUGAUUAUCGAUUACGAGAGAAGUUUGCGUUGACAUUUACUUUGUCGGCGCAAACGAUGAGCAUAGACGAGGGUUGUGAUAGAGAAGACAAGCUCGUUCAUUACGGUAGUACGGAUGCAUUUGGGAAACAGACUACAGCAACCUCUUCGCAAUCACACAUCAACAAGCCGUACGGUACGCAUCACCAAGGCCAACCUCGCACCCCACCCGAGCCCGCACACCCUCAUCACCCCACACAGCAUGCAUACCUACUGUCUUCCAACGAUUCCGGUAAUCCCCGCCACCCACCUCCACUUCUGCUCCGUUUCCUUCCCGCCAAGCAUUCGCCCGCCCCCAAAUACUGCUGCCUUACCGUAUCACCCCACCGUACGGUAAUCCCUGCAAGUCGUGCAGGCUGCGCGAGCCGGCAGCUUGAGCCGGAUUUGGAUAUGGAUGGAGUCUGCGUUGCUUUCUAUCAACGCCGUCAAACUACCCUCCCCACCCAAAAAAUGAAACCCAACCUACCCACCCACUCUUCCCACCAAACCAAGAUCCGUCCCCUAUCCUCCAUCCCCUUACCCACGCUCUCCUCAGUCGCAACCACAUGCCGCAUACCCGCCACCAGAAUCCUCGACAUCUACCCCUGUACACCACUCCAAUCCUCCAUGAUCGCCAGCAACCGGAACGAAAUGUUUCAUUUCGUAUUAUCGCCCGCGAGACCCGUGGAUCCGGAUCCGUUUUGUGCGGCGGUGGCGCGGGUUGUGGCGUGUAACGAGAUAUUGCGGACGCGGAUUGUCAAGGGUGUUGGGUUGGGGGAUGAGAGUGUGGAUGUGAAUGUUGUUACGGAUGAAGAGCAUGUUACGGAUCGGGAUACGGGGUAUGAGAGUAUUGAGGAGUUUCUACGGGGGGAUCAAAAUGCAGCGCAACAUCGGUUUGAGGAGGGCGGGUUACUGUUUCGGUCUGCGUAUGUGGGGGGUCAUGCGGUUCUUACGCUGCAUCAUGCCGUGAUGGAUUAUUGGUCCAUUGAUAAGCUGAUUCAGCUCGAUUUGUCUGUGGUCUAUGCUGGUCAGCCGCCGAUACAGCGACCGCCUUUCAAGGAGUUUGUGAGACAUUGUCUAGAUCUGGACAAGGAUGCAGCGACGGCUUUCUGGAUGCAGCGUUUCAAGGGCGCUCCGACUGUUUUCCCGGAACCUAGGUCUGAGCAGUCAACUCCACCACGGGUUAGCGAGAAGACUGUUCGUCACAUGCCAUUGCAUCGUAUGACGGGCCGGGGUGGACUAGCUUCCUCUCACAUGCCCUUGUACAUUGAGGCCGCCUGGGCAUUGACCACGGCCAUCUACACAAACAGCGAAAGCAUUGCGUAUGGCCUAGUACUAUCUGGCCGUUCCAUGACUAUGAAUGGCAUCGAGAACACGCUCGGGCCUACAGUCGCCGAAGUCCCAGUCCAGGUGAAUGUACGGCGUCAGACGAUGACGGUAGACAGUCUGAUCAAAGACCGAGCGACAGCGUUACGCCAACUUCAACAGCACGCUAGGGAAGUGCAGUACGGUGUGGAGAAUAUCGGGGCAUUGAGUGAAUCAGCGAGGAAGGCAGCAGGCUUCCAGACCCUGAUCAAUAUCCGCCCGGCCGUGUUCUCGGACAAGGAAGCUGGGAAUACCGCCAACGGCAACCACAUCAAGCUGCGUAUGGUCUGGCUGCAGGGAUACUAUCCGCUACAGUUCAUCUUCAGCAUCAUGAACGAUGGUGUCACGGUCUGGGCCAGAACUGACUCGGCCGUCGUUAGUGAUGGACAGCUAGAUCGGAUACUCAACCAGUUUGAACACACGCUGCGUGUACUGACGGAGGUCCCGCUGCAAACUAGGCUGGCCGACUUGCCGCUUCUCGCCCCCCAGGCUCGAGCAGAAAUCUUUGAAUGGAAUCACGCGCUCCCGGAGAUUGCGAACAGGACCUUGAUUGAAGCUCUCCAUCCAUGGGCUCGAUCUGAGAAUUUAGCGGUGGAAGCUGUCGAUGGCAGCGCAACCCAUGCAGCUUUACACUCCAUGUCGAAUCGAAUUUCAGAGGAGCUUCGAGAGAGAGGAGUAUCGCCAGGAAAGCCGGUAGGCUUCUUGUUUGAGAAGUCACUCUCGGCGAUUGUGGCCUUGUUGGGGCUGCUCAAAGCGGGGGGCAUCUGUGUUCCGAUUGAGAAGUAUGAUGAAGCUCUGCUGUCCAGUGUAGGAGUGGAGCUACUGGUCACGUCGCCUGCCUGCUACGCGCUUGUCCCGAGCCUCGGGCCAAAUGUGUUUGUGGUUGAUCCAGAUUCCAGGGAGAAGCCGGCGGUUGUCAAGCCCGAGUCGGAGUCUCUGCCAGACGGCGAUGCUGUGACGAUGAAGAGCUCGGGGCAGGACUUGGCGUACAUCUUGUUCACAACCGAGGAGUCAGAAGAGCGCCAGGCACCGGUGAUGCUAAGUCACGGCCACCUCGUCUCUGCAUUGACCCGGUACGUGCAUGCAUUCGACUGGCAGCCAGAGUGUCGUAUUGUCCAGUUUAGCCGAUACCCCUCGAGCCAAAGCGCGCUUGAGAUUCUCGGCACCCUUCUUGCUGGAGGCUGUGUCUGCGUGCCCCACGUGGAUGAGAGCAAUCUGCCAGCCUUCAUCGAUUCGGCCAACGCAAACGGCGCUCUGCUACCUCCCAGCGUGAUCCGUACCAUGUCGCCGACCCAAGUUCCAGGCUUGCGCUUCUUGGCCUCUGUGGGCGGAGAAGCCUUUGCCGACCAGGACACGGGCAAGACAUGGUCCGGUCGAGUUUGCUUCUUCAGAGCAUGGGUAAUCGGCGAAGCUUCGUUGCUGAUGACGGUGGCCCAAGUCAGCCCCGAUCCACCGUAUCCAGACAGCAUGGGCAACCCCGUGGGCUGUGUGGCCUGGAUCGUCAACCCAGAGAACACCGACGACCUGGUUGCACUGGGUGGUGUUGGUGAAGUCGUGAUUGAGGCCGGCAGCGCGAGCGGGGUAGUCACGUUACCAGUCCCGGUACCGGCAUGGGUAUCUGGCCAUACAGCCUUAGUCAGCCCCCCGACCUGGGCGCCUUGCCGCAGCGCCUCUGGGACAGGUCAAGGGAGCAGCCAAUACUGGCGCACGCGCGUCCUGGCCAAGAACAAUGCUGAUGGCAGCCUCUCCCCGGUCGGCCGAGUGAGCAACCGGGUGAAGCUGGGCGGGCAGCCCAUCCAGCUUGAACAAAUCGAGCGCGUCCUGCUCGCCUGUCCCCAUGCCGGUAGUCGGUUGAGAGAUGUCGUCGUUAGCACGAGAAUAGCGGCGGGAAGAACCCAACUAGUGGCCGUUGUAUGUCUGGCCGAUCGCCGUCUGCCGAGCGACAAGGUGCUGGCAAGGCUUCCCGAGCACAGUACACGCGUCUGUCGUGAGCACCUCUCUGCGUGGGCGCUGUCCAGGCUUUCUCCCGCCUUGGUCCCAACGGCUAUUCAUGUCGUCGAGGAAUUACCGCGCUCGCUACUGCACCGCGUGGAUCGCCUUGCUGUUCGUGAGUGGCUCCGUCAACCCCACAACUAA